GUGACUGUUUACAAUUUCUCGUCUACGAAAGCGAAUCAGGGUCGUAAGCCGUACGAGCUCUACGAAGGUCGGAAGCCUGAUGUGUCUGGAUUGCGUCACGACCCAACAGCACGCGAGGCACUUUUCCUUGGUUAUCCAGAAGAGACGACGGGUUAUCGCUUGCUGGAUCUUGUCUCGGGUCGUAUUGUGGAAUCGCGCGACGUGAAGUUUCGCGAGAUGUGGACUGUUUCAGGUGACUAUGUAAGUCAGUUAUUGAGAAGGUCUACGCUAAUCAGUCAGGUGUGGUGCUACCCGCUCCAAUUCCGCAUGUAA